GGGGCUGUGUCAGAAGACGAGGUCUCAAGGACAUUCGAGAGAGUAGAGAGAGAAAGUUAGGGAGAGUCCUGAAAAAGGCAGAGAGUACGGAGAGGAGUUCAUACUGAAAGUAGGGAUUUGAAGUUACAGUUUGGAGAGAGAGAAAGAGAGAGAGAGAGAGAGUUAGUUGUGAGGAAAGGAACCAUGGCGUUUAGGACGGGGAGCCGAGUCGAAGUUAGCAGAGAUGAAAAAGGUGGAUGCAAGGGUGCCUGGUUCACUGCAUCAGUGGCGAAAAUGAUGGGGGAAAGCAAAGUCAUGGUUAAAUACGAUAACCUUGUGAGUAAUGAUAAGAAGCGGCCAUUGGUUGAAAUCACGAACAUCGUCAAUGUCAGGCCAUUGCCCCCACCGCGUGGUUUCUCUGUCCAUGAGGAAGUCGACGCUUUCUGCAACGAUGGCUGGUGGGCUGGUGUGAUUACGAAGGUGAUGGCAGAGGGACCCAAGUACAUCGUGUAUUUAUGGGACUCUGAGAAAGAGAUGAUUUUUGAGCCUAAUCAGCUGAGGGUUCAUCAAGAUUUCGUUGAUGGCCAUUGGAUCAUGCCAUCUUCUUCAAAGAAAUUGCUACAGGAAGAACAGUCCAUCAAAAAUGAGGAAUCUAUUCCUCUCAGCAAUAACUACAAUGUUGCUUUAGUAAUCAGAGAGAAAGAUUCAUCCAUUGAGCAAGAAAUGGAGCCCCUGGUUGAAGCUUUGCCAUUGAAGAAAUGUGGAUCCAAUAUUGGAACAGCCAAGAAACUUUCACUUUUUCCCUUAUCUUCAAUAUCUUCAAAAGGGCUUGACAAACUCGACAAAGAGAAUGAUGAUUGCAUUUUGAUCAAGGCUACUGAUGACCUUGAAAAGCCAAGUAGAAAGCAUGGAAAAAGAUCCCAACUGGACACGCUAGUUACCAAGGAUGGGCCAAAGAGAGCAAAGAAAAGGGAAGAUAAUGGAAAGACCAGUCUGGUUGCUCCAUCUGCACAGGCAAUGCCAAGCCAAAACAGAGAGUUUGAAGAGAGGAUGAUUGAUGCUAGCAAGUGUCAUGGGGCAAAGAAGGGGGGAGAUAAUGGAAGUUUAUGUAUGGUAUCCCCAUGUUCAAAGGUGAAUCCAAGCCAAAACAGCAGGAUUGGAAAAGCUAAGAAUCAAAAAGGAACCAAAGAACUCGAAGAAGAGAACAAUAGUAGGAAAUGUGGAAGAAGAUCCCAAUUGGACAUGCCUGGUUUAACUCUAACCAAUGAGGGGGCAAAGAAAGAAAAGAAGGGGAAAGAUGAUGGAAACAUAGUUAUGUUUGCCCCAUCUUCUGAAGCAAAGACAAAGACCAAAGUGUUUGGAAAAAGGAAGACUGAUGAGAUCAAGAUCAAGUAUCAUAGAGUAAAGAAGGAAAAGAAGGGGGAGGAUAAUGGAAGUCUAUGUAUGGUGUCUCCAUGUUCAGAGGUGAAACCCGGCCAAAACAGAAAGACUAAAACCCAAGACUCUGGAGAGAAAAUGACUGAUGGGGUUAAGUGUGAUGAGAUUUGUGUGAGUAUCCCUCAAAUGAGAGUUUUAAAGAGAAAAAGAGCUUCUAAUUUGGCCGUGCUAGCUGGGAAUAAUUGUAGGGAUGUGAGUUUGGCUGCUUAUUCUCUCGUUCUUCAAGCCUUGUAUCUUCAAGGUGAUCACAAGUGGGGCAAUGAGAUAUUUCUUGCUGGUCUUCGAGCUGCAUUAGCAAUAACUAAUGAUGAACACAUGGAGGAAUUGAAGCGAGUCACUUCUUACAAAUUUAUGACUACCACAGUUUCUUAAAAGGUGAUAAAUCUAUGUAGAGCAGAGUGCAUUUUUUGGAUAUGGUGAUGGCAUGUUCUGCAUGUGAAAAGUGUGAAAGGCCUUUUUUGUGGUGGUCUAAGUGCAGGGAUGAUUUACUUUAGGGUGGUUAUGAAAUGUGCUUUGGAGGUCUUUAUAAUUUUGUUGGACUCUCUUUUAGAUAAGAUGUAAGGGCAUUUUGAAUGGAUGGUUUGGGUUGUGAAUGUAGUUUUUGGAGGACACAUAGCUUGCUUUUUGACCUCUACUAAUACUGAUUUCAAAGACUAAUGGAAAGGGGUUUGGAUUUGUUUAUGGGAUACUUGACUAAUGUGUGAUACCAAGGGAUGCUCAUAUCUGUCUCGUUUUAUGUCCAAUCUUGGAAGGUUUUGGAGAUGAGUUUCAUGUAAGAUCCAAUGGUUUAUGAUUUUGUAAUCUGCUUUAGUCACUGAUCAACUGCCAUUUUGGGGUGUACAUUUUCUAAA